UGUGGGCGGCGGGUAGCGCCGAGUGCGAGGCUCUUUUGUUCGUCCGAGGGGAGGGCCGUUGGCCGGGGCCUGCGGUACGCCGCUUCAGUGAGGGGCUCGACUGCGGCCACCGGCUUGUUGCUUUUCUGGGCGCCACUCCCCCGGCCGGCCCGACGCGACGCGCCAUUAGCGCGGCACCGAUUCCUCUCGGGCUCUUUGGCGCUGCUCUGAGCAGCGUCACCCUUUAGACCAGAAAGCUGGCGGGCACUAUGGGGAAGAAACAAAACAAGAAGAAAGUGGAGGAGGUGCUAGAAGAGGAGGAAGAGGAAUAUGUGGUGGAAAAAGUUCUUGACCGUCGAGUGGUAAAGGGCAAAGUGGAGUACCUCCUAAAGUGGAAGGGGUUCUCAGAUGAGGAUAACACGUGGGAGCCAGAAGAGAACCUGGAUUGCCCUGAUCUCAUUGCCGAAUUUCUACAGUCACAGAAAACAGCACAUGAGACAGAUAAAUCAGAGGGAGGCAAGCGCAAAGCUGACUCUGAUUCUGAAGAUAAGGGAGAGGAGAGCAAACCAAAGAAGAAGAAAGAAGAGUCAGAAAAGCCACGAGGCUUUGCCCGGGGUUUGGAGCCAGAGCGGAUUAUUGGAGCUACAGACUCCAGUGGAGAACUCAUGUUCCUGAUGAAAUGGAAAAAUUCUGAUGAGGCUGACCUAGUCCCUGCCAAGGAAGCCAAUGUCAAGUGCCCACAGGUGGUCAUAUCCUUCUAUGAGGAAAGGCUGACGUGGCAUUCUUACCCCUCGGAGGAUGAUGACAAAAAAGAUGACAAGAAUUAACUCUCCUGAGUACCAGCCCCUGUCACAUCUGACUGUGGGUUUCAAGUGGGGAGGGAAGGAAUUCUACUUGUCUUGGCACCAUAGAGGUGGCUUGAGAAGAUGUCCUUUGAAGAGCCAGUAUCGUUUCUGUGCCCUACAGCAGCCCAAGUGCUUUAAAGCCUUUCCAUGCUGUGUAGUUUGCACACCCAUCCCAGUGGAGGGGAAGGAGAAGUGUUGCAAGGCAGCCCAUUCUGUACUUUGCUGAGAAAGGCAAAGGGCCUUCCAUGAAGGACAGAACUUGCAGAAUGGGUGUGUGGGAAAGCAAAAGAUACUGUAGAUCUUCAAAGCGCAUCUCCACAACCCACAGCCUUCUUCCCAAUAGUGUUAACUCUGCAUUUUUACAGCGUAGCAUGUGUGUAGUUUUUGGCUAUUACUGGUGUAUUAUUUGGGGGUGGGAGGGUCGGGGGUGGGAAGGAACGGAGAUGGGUAGGAUCAUUUUUGUUAAAAUUUGGGGCCUGAUUGGGGAAAUGGUGAAACAAUGGAAAGAACAAACUUGUGGUGAUUCGGUUCUGUGUCCAGAAUAUUUUAUCUUUUCAAAAAGGUCAUUGGCAACCUAAAUGAGGACUGUGAGAGACUUCAAAAGCUGUGAAUGCCUGAAACUUAUAAGCCAAGGUGUUCCCUGCCUGAGCUUAAUGCUGUUCCCAGCAGAGGACUAAGCCAGUUAAUAAAUUACCAAAGCUGCCAUUUUGGGGAAGGAAACUGGUUGAAAAGGGAAGGUCUUUUUGGAGCGUAUGCAGAGGCAGAUGGUUCUGUUUUAGAGGUGCUAAUUCUUGAAAUUGAUAAGACCCUUUAUUUUCCAAUUAUGAAGUUUUAAACGUCAGCUUGUCCAUCCAAGCCACUGGCUGAGGUAUUUGGGGAAGGGAAGAGGGUGGCAUAGAAGGUGAGAGAGUAGAAAAAGACAAGGGCCCACGCUCUUAGGGUGGAAAACUCUUGGAGCCUGUUAUUUGAACUUUGAACUCUGAAAUCAUUGGUGGCAGGGUUCAGUCACUGACAGCACAAGUUCACUGAAUCACUUACAGAGUUGAGUGAUUGCAAAAGCCCUGGUCUCAGGAGAAGAUUAAACUUUCAUACUGGGGCAGUGGUUCACUUUAAAACCCAAAACAAAAAGUUUUUUUAAUCCUAAGAAUUAACUAAUACCCAAAAUGCUGUCUUGAAUCAAGAGAUACAUCAGUUCUUGACAUCGUCUAGACCUGUAUCUAGAACUCCAUUGUAAAAUCUUUUUAGGCAUGUGUUAGGUUUCUGUGAAAACUUUGUUUAAAUGUAAACUUCAUAUCACAUUGUCAGUUUUUGUCUUAAUAAAACUAUAGAUUUAUAA